AUUCUCGCGGGCUCCUCGUCCUGCAGCCGCCAGAGCCCCCAGAAAGGCGGUCCCGUGUCGCAGGACCAAGUCUGCGCUGUCAAAGCAUGUCGCUGUUUGCCUUGCGGAGACUUCGACCCAAACACAGCCGACAGCGGGGUCACCAAUGAUUCCACCGUCCGGCGGAGUGAAGCGUUCGUCUGGACGAAUAGAAGCGAAACGGAGGAAAAUGACAGUUUGGAUUCUCUCUCCGCCGCUGCGCCUGCCCCUGCCCCGGACGACGCUGCUGCUGCUGCUGCUGCUUCCCUGGCUGUGUGAAGUUCUAGCUCAAGUGGAAAACCGGGUGAUUUUCCUGCCGGGGACGUUCCAGAAUGUGAGCGUCUCCCAGAAUGACACGGUGCAGGUCGUGGUAUCCAGGAUCUCCCCGGAGGUUGCGUUCGUCACACUGCAGUUUCACACGCAGCACCGCAACCUCACCCUCUCAUACAACAAGAUGCCAAGCCUGGGUCUCUCUCUGACCGCAGUGGACGCCGGCGUCCUGACGGCGCUCCAGCCAGGCCAAGCGUCCCUUUUGCUGUUCCUGUCUUCUCCCGGCGGCGACACUGUGGCGGGCACCGGCGUCAUCCUCCCCUUCUCCAGCACUGACCCAGUCCCGGGAGCCUGUAACAUGGAGUUCAACCUGGACAUCGACCCCAAUGUCUACAUUCACUACAACCUCUAUGAGACCACGAUCCGUUUUGCACCAGCAAACUUAGGAUACGAGAGAGGGGAAACUCCUCCGGUCUGCGACGAAUCCAUCGAGCCCAGCACCCGCUGGCGGCUGCAGUACGACGUCUACCAGUACUUCCUGCCCGAGAAUGACCUGUCGGAGCGCAGCCUGUUCAGCGGCAUCCAGGCCGUGGCUGACAUCCGGGGCAUGAAGGAAAACGGCAAACGGGUCAUGACGCUGUUGUCGUCAGACGUGAGCAUGGCGGUGUUCAACUCCAUCCCUGGCCAGGGCGUCGUCUACUCUGUCAUCGUCAGGGACCCACGCUUGAACACCUCGGCCUCCUAUGUCCCCGUCCACACCUACGCCUGCAGCUUCGCCUCCACACUCGACGGCUGUCAGACACUGGGAAAGAUAUCGACAAAGGUUUUCUUCACCAUCACCGGCUUGGCCGGCCUGGUCGUCUGCUUCUUCGGCCAUCGAUUCUUCAAAUGUGAGUUGUUUUGCAUGGGAUUUAGCUUCGCCGCCUUCUUCUUCUUUGUGCUGAUCACCAGGACAACGGAACUGGAGUACGACCUCCGACUGGCCUUGUCGGCAGUGAUCGGCGUGGUGGGCGGGGUCCUCCUGGUGAUGAGCUGGUGGCGGUUUGGCUCCGUCAUGGCCUGCAUCGUCGUGGUUGGCCUGAUGCUCGGCUUCCUCAUAGCCUCCACCGUCCUCUUUACUCCUCUAGGUGACAUCAACGUGUUCAGACAGUCCGAUGUGGUGUUCUGGGUGACUUUCUGCUGCAUCGUGAUCAUCGUUCCUCUCUUCUUCGUGCGUUGGCCCAGAGAGGGUAACAUCGCCACGUGCGGCGUUGUCGGCGCCUACGCUGUGAUCCUGGCCGUCAACGCCUACAUCUACACCAGCCUCUCCUUCAUCACACUGAACAUCCUCAAGCGCUUGCUCAACAACAACUUCAGCGCCAUGUUCACCGAUGUGCCUUUCCAAACAACCGACUACAUCAUGAUCUCCGUGUGGGUGGUGCUCGGCGUCUGUGGCAUCGUCCUGCAGCUGUACCGCGAGCGCUCGCGGCCCUUUUUCCCGCCCAGCCCGUACCUCAUGUGGCUGCAGGAGCGCGAGCGCCGCAAGACCAACGUCCUGGACCCGAGCCACCACUUCCCCCCGCUGCCCAACCGCCUACUGGCCCGCGUGCGGCAGCUCACCAGGCGCAUGGAGCCGGCGGGGGAGCACACGCCUCUCCUCCUGUAAACCUACAACCCCCCUUUCCUUGGAGUCUCCGUCCCACAGACGGAAUUUUUUUUUUUACGCGUAUGGUCCCGCGCGACGCACCGUCGACACACAGAGGCUCAGGCGAAGAGGAAUGUUGUUCCUCGUGACUGGUGCAGGGGGAUUUGACCCCAGAUCAGCUGACUGAAAAACAUUCUCAGUAUAAAUGACACAGAGAGGGAUCGUCUCACUGACGUUGUGCACGUGGAUUUUAACUUUUAAAUCUCAAGAAAAAAAGUGAUUUCUCCUCCCGACAACUACGUACGGGUUUACGAAACGUGUUGAUGAUAUUUUAACUUGAACGAAAGGAAUUAAAGGGGCAGUUAGCGAUUUUUUUUAUCCAACACACGUUUUUUGAAAAAAAUCUACGGUAAUUUCCUCAAGGGCCGUUAGCUGUCGGUUCUGGUUUUUUUUUGUUUUUCUUGGCCGUCCUGGCUCUGUGAAUCCAAAAAAUUUGCUAAAAUCGCUUACUGCCCCUUUAAAGAUAUGUUUGUUUGUUUUAAUAAUGAAAACCGGUGCUUCACGUUGUCUUGUCGCUUACGCUCGUUUUUACCUUUUUUGCACUAAAGUCACAAACUACUAAUGACGCACACAGCGAGGCGUUGUAUCUCUGGAGAGUCGUAUUAAUACCACCAGUAUUGUUGUUGUAGUUGUUGUUGUUUGUUUGUUUUUUUUAAGGGUCAAAAGAAAAGAUUUGAUGAGGACGGUGCACUUUGCAGCCCGGAUGGGAAAAACAACACACCGAGUUACCUUUGGAGUUUAAAACUGAAGAUUGACUAGUUUGUGCGAUGAUUUCAUGUGUGAGACGGAAACUUCAGACGUGCCAUUUACAGUCUCUCAUAGAAGUUUUUGUUUCAGCCUUUACACAGAAGAAGAACCACUGCGUCAGAGCUGAGGGUUUUGACUCCUGCUCGUUCCCUGUGUGUAUGUUUGGACUGUGCUCACUGAGCUCAGUCUCCACCAGCUCGUAAUGUUUCAUUUGACCUCGGCAGGAACUGUACUGAUCGAUCGCCUGUCAAUCUGUGAAUCUUUCCGCCUGUGCCAUGACUUGACUCAGGGUUUUUCACACUCUGCUUUUUAGACUCCGAUGCACUGAGACAGCGGACGAAAACCUUCCCGCCUGGUCGUUCAGCCCGUUCACGUCCUGCCAGUAUUUUAAUUGAGCUGCUGAGCUGAACUUUGUGGCCUCAUGACUUUUUAGAAAGCAGAAAAGAAAAAAAACAACCAUCCACAACAAAAUGUGCAGACGUGUUUUGAAAAGUCAGGUCAAUUGUAAUUUAACUUUUGAUAUUUAAUAAAUGCCUACAGGUUAAA